UCGGCAUCAGUGCCCUGCUGCCUACGGAUCUCUGGUGCACCCCUUGCGACCCGUGCAGUCCGGUGGUUCGGCUAGUUCGGCGCUAGAAAAGGACGUUUGUGCUAUCAAGAAACUUUCUUUUUGCGUGUUUGUGAACAUGUUGUUCUACUCGUUUUUCAAGUCCUUGGUCGGCAAGGAUGUUGUCGUUGAGCUGAAAAACGACCUGAGUAUGUGCGGAACGCUCCACUCAGUGGACCAGUAUCUAAACAUAAAGCUCACAGACAUCAGUGUGACUGAGCAGGACAAGUACCCCCACAUGCUCUCUGUCAAGAACUGCUUCAUAAGAGGGUCCGUAGUGCGUUAUGUUCAGCUGCCAGCAGAUGAAGUGGACACACAGUUGCUCCAAGAUGCUGCAAGGAAAGAAGCCUCGCAAAGCAAGCCAUGAGUGGAUGCAUAGACAUAUGAAACGCGCAAUGUUACCUUCAUCUCUUUAUUUUCAUCAUUUUAUGUCAUCAUGCAUUGUCACUACGAUGUGUGCACAGUUGGUUUUGUUAUUUGCUUAAGCUGUGUGUAAAUAGAAAAUCAAGAAAAUAAACCUACUGCAUGGGGCCCAUGUUAUGGAAGGAAAUCACAAGUGCUGAUUCUUGAAAUCUGUGUUGUUCUGCAGAUAAAAAGCAGCUUCAACUCCACAA